AUGAGACAUUUGAUCGAAACCUUCACGAGAUUUGUGACCUUCAGAACCCAUUAUGGUUGGAGUCACGAUGCCCGUGUGCCUUUGCAAUUUCCACGAAGCGAUGUUGAGCAUUUUGCCAUUUUGCUUCACUUGAUAGAUCGACUUUGCGGGGUGGACUUUUCUCUGAGCUUGCCAACUCAUCGGGACAUCCUCGCCUUUAACAAGGCCCUACGCAAGACCGGCUUAUGGUCGACCAACGGCGAUACACCCUUCUCCCUAACAUUUCUCGACGAGCCUGAGGUAUCCAAUUUCAACGCGGUCGUUCGACGCUUCGAACCCGACACUCUCGGAGCCGUUCAACUGCCCAAAGGAUUCAAUAGGCGAUAUUACGUGAUCUUGAAAAAGUCCCCCCACAGCCAAGGUCUCAAGGCCCUGCGUAUCGACAGAACGGAGAACAGACAAAACUUUCGACGUGUGUUCCCAAGCUUAGACCAUCAGAUUCUCGGGGAAGUCAGAGAGGACUUCCCUCAGCUCGAGUCACUCGUUCUUCAUGAAGACACACCAUGCAUAAGUUCGUAUAGCGAUUUGAGAUUGUGGUCGUUGGUAUGGUUUAACUACCAACUUGCUUUUGACCGAACCGUCAAUGAACUGGCUACAGCUCUGAACGGAAGGCCUCGCCUCCGCCGAUUUGCUUUCACGCUGUGGUUUGUGAGAUUGCACGGUCGCCUCGUCUCGCAUGAUGGUGACAAGCCCUAUCGGCCUAAGAGCAUGGUUGAACUCGACAAUUUCUACAUUAAUAACCUUGUCUCACCAAUCAUGGCUCAAGUCCCUACUCUCGUGGAGCUCUGUGUAUCGUCUGAACAUCCAAUCUUUUACAGAGGAAUCAGACGUGAUGAUCAAAUCCAUGUUCAGCGAGAAUGUCGCGAUAACCCCGGGGAGGAGAAUCGCUUUCCUAGCCUCUUACUGGACCUUAACUAA